AGCCCGGGGCAGACGGGCAGGCGGGCGGUGCGGAAGCCCACGGGGCUCCCUGGAGGCGGCGUCCCGGGCGGCUGGGGAGGGGCGGAUCCCGGGGCGGGCGGGCCCGGGAGGCGGGGCCGGAAGGCGGUAGCGGCGGCUCGGCCGGGGACCCGGGGCUGCAGGGCCACGUGUCGGGGCCCCUUCCCGCCCUUGUCGCCUCAGCCCAUGUCAUAGCCCCGCGCCCCAUUAUCCGCACCCGCAGCCCCGCCCGGCCACCCCCAGGCAGCGGCCGCCCCUGCCCGACCCCGCAGCGCCCCCUCCGCCGUCGGGCCCUCGGACCCCGGCUCAUCUCACCCCAGACCUGGGAGAGCCGCAGUUCCCGGGUCGCCGGCGGCCCGACCGCGCCCCGGGAUGCAGCCUGCAGGCCCGGAGGCCAUCCGGGAGGCGGUGGCCCGCGACGUGCUGGCGGCCGACCUGCGCUGCAGCCUGUUCGUGUCGGCGCUGCAGAGCUACAAGCGCGACUCGGUGCUGCGGCCCUUCCCCGCGGCCUACGCCCAGCGCGACCGCAAGGACUUCGAGGCCCUGCUGGCAGUUGCUGGCCGUCUGCCCAACCUGAAGGAGCUUCUCCAGUGGCCGGAGGGUCAGGACCGCUGUGCCUGGGACCUGGUGAGCUGGAUCCUGUCCUCCAAGGCCGUGACAGUGUGCAGUGCUGCCAAGGCGGAGUUCGACAAGAUCCGGAAGCUGACGGGAACGGCCCAUGCAGCGGCCCCCACACCCGACUUCCUGUUCGAGGUCCAGCACUCCGGGCCGGCCGACGCCCAGUUCCAGGAGGCCCGCGGCGGGCGGGGGCUGCUCUAUGCCUUCCACGGCAGCCGCCUGGACAACUUCCACUCCAUCCUGCACAACGGGCUGCACUGGCACCUCAGCAAGACCGCCCUGUUUGGGGAGGGCACCUACCUCACCAGCGACCUGAGCCUGGCCCUCCUCUACAGCCCCAACGGGCACGGCUGGCAGCGCAGCCUGCUGGGCCCCAUCCUCAGCUGCGUGGCCGUGUGUGAGGUCAUCGACCACCCGGAUGUCAAGUGCCAGACCAAAAAGAAGGAUUCCAAGGAGCUGGACCGCAGGAGGGCGAGGGUCCGGCACAGCGAGGGGGGGGAUGUCCCUCCCCGCUACUUCGUGGUGACCAACAAUAAGCUCCUGCGUGUCAGGUACCUGCUGGUCUACUCGCAGAAGCUGCCCCACAGCCGAGCUGGCCGCCAGCUGUCCUGGAUGUCCAGCCACUGGUUCACCAUCCUGCUGUCCCUCUACCUGCUGCUUCUGGUCGCCGUUGGCGUCCUCAACUCCUCAGCUCUCCAGCACUUUUGGAACCGGGCGAAGAGAUGAUGCCACCGGGUCCCCACAGGGUCACCUCCACCACCACGUGCCUUCAUGGGACUUGCCUUGUCCUCCUGUGUCCCGAGGCAGGGACCAGGGGACAGUCUGCCUCUGCCAUAAAUGUAUGAGUUGCCUUUGAUGACACUGCCCAGCCCCGCUCUGGUCCCCAGAAGCCGUUGGUCCCCACACUGAGUUUUGAGGGGAACCUUCUCCAGCAAUCCAGGGAGCUGGCUUUGGGCCCAGGACCCAAGGAAAAAAAGCUGCAUUUGAAAAAUGAGUGUCCUAGUGGCCAGUGGCGUGUUGACCCUCAGCCCUGGAGGCCGUGCUCAGUGGGCGUGACAGGCGAGAGCCGCUGUCACUCAUGAAGCCUAGUGAGCUCGCUGCUCGUUCCUCUGGCCUGUGGGGCUGCGGGUGUAAGUGCAUCUGCCUUUCUCGGCCUCACCUGGUGCCUCUGCUCUGCCAGGGACCCCUGUCCCUCUUGGUCUGACCUGGGCAGACCUCUGUCCCCUCCUCUAAGGACCAUCCAGUUGCCCACGGCAUGUUUUCUGAUUCUGAUUCUUUUGUCUUUAUCUUCUCCUUUUUUUUUUUUUUUUUGCCUCCAGGGUUAUCUCUGGGGCUCAGUGCCUGUACUAUGAAUUCACUGCUCCUGGCGGCCACUUUUUUCAUUUUAUUAUUUGGAACAGAGAGAAAUCAAGAGAAUAGGGGAGAUAGAGAAGAGAGAGAGAGAGAGAGAGAGAGAGAGAGAGAGGCCUGCAGACCUGUUGCGCAAAUUGUGCUUUGUAUCAUAUGCGCUUAACCGGGUGCCCCACCGCCCAGGCCCCCUUUUCUUUUCCUUUUCUUUUCCUUUUUUCUCUUUUUUCCUCCAGGGUUAUUGCCGGGCUCGGUGCCUGCACCAUGAAUCCACCGCUCCUGGAGGCCAUUUUUUCCCCCUUUUGUUGCCCUUGUUGUAGCCUCGUUGUGGUUAUUAUUAUUGCCAUUGUUGAUGUUGUUCGUUGUUGGACAGGACAGAGAGAAAUGGAGAGAGGAGGGGAAGACAGAGAGGGGGAGAGAAAGACAGACACCUGCAGACCUGCUUCACCGCCUGGGAAGCGACUCCCCUGCAGGUGGGGAGCCGGGGGCUUGAACCGGGAUCCUUACGCCGGUCUUUGCGCUUUGCGCCACGUGCGCUUAACCCGCUGCACCACCGCCCGACUCCCUUCUUUUCCUUUUUAAAAGCUUUUUGGCCCAUUGUUUUUUUUGGUGGGCUUGGUGGGCUGGGCCAAAAGGGUGAGUUUUUGAGCCAGGACCCCCCCCAUGCUGGAGAGGAGGGCGUCCCCUUCUCUUCUUUCUCACGAAGCUGCCUUGAGGGGAAGGCAUGGAUGGAUUGGGCCCCCAUUGGGCAAGGCCCAGGUCACCGGUCUUUGGGGCUCAGCCUGGGCUUGAAGUUUGUAAGAAAAGCCCCUGGGAUGGGGGUGACCUCUUUGCUGUAUCCCUACCACCACCCCACAGUGUUAGCCACAAUGAAGCCCCGUCUGACUGGGGUGUGGGGGUGACCUCUAAUUGCAGAGGUUGUGAGGAAGCCACUGUCGUGGUGACACUGGACAGGGGAGCACUUUAAUAAAGGUGUUCUGCUAAGGA